UAACUAAUUACCCCAUUGAGAAACAAUUUCAAAGUGCAUACACAACUGCAAAGUUUAAAGAGCUUCAAGAUGAGAUUGCCGGGAAGAUUUAUUGUGAGUUAUCUUUUCUGAAAAAAUGUGAUUCAUGCGAGGAGUUUCAAGUUUGGGAAGAUGUUUGGUUUGGAGAUAAUAGUCGCCGUGUUCCUCAUGUAGUAUACUUUGAUGAAAGUUCGUGUGAUAUUCGUUGUACUUGUCAUUUGUUUGAGUUCAGGGGGAUUUUAUGCAGACAUGCCAUUAUGGUGUUGAUUCAUAAAAGGGUUUCACACGUUCCGAAAAAGUACAUUUUACGGCGUUGGAGGAAGAAUGUCAACAGAUGUCAUACGAAAAUUAAGGUCAGUUAUAAUAGGUGGAGCACCAACAUUGAAGGACAACGUUUUGAUAAGUUGUCUAAUUUAAUGCUGACAGUAGCGGAUCUGGCAUCAAACAAUGAGGAAGAUUAUAAUAUGAUGACGGAGUUUAUGAUUGACAUGAGGAAACAGUUGGAGCAAAAGGAAAGUGAGGGAGGGGUUGGUACAACAGUGAACAUCUCUUCUAGAACCGGUUUGACUAGUCAAGAUGGGGACAGUCCUCCUAAAGAGGGGAAUACCGUAAUCAUUAGUCCACAGGCAGCUCGUAGCAAAGGUCGUCCUCCAUGUAGAAGAAAGCAGUCGAAGAUUGAAGAAAUUGUACGUAGGGUUAAAAAGAAAAAAUUACAAAAACAAAGAAUGGGAAAAGGAUCAUCGGUACAGCGACAACAGGAACAGUUUCUUUCAAGUACUUCCGUGGCCGAUGCGGAAACUCAAGUGUUGUCAAAUGAUGUUGUUACUACACAAAUGUCCACUGGUCCGGUUCCAAAUCUCGCAGGACAAAGUAGUUUCUAUACUGGACAGGAGUUUGUAAAUGAUGAACAUGUCUCGUUGGGAGAUGUUUGAUAUUUUUGCCAAGUU